GAUGGUGUCAGUGCAUUUAAGUAAACAAUAGAAUAACAAGGUGUCAGGAAAUGCCAAGUGAAAGGGAAAGAGUUGUACCUGUGGCUUCGGCCUCCUAUUCAAAUCUGGUUGGCUUUAUUUUUAUAUUCAAUCUUAUUGUUGGAACGGGAGCAUUAACACUUCCUGGAGUAUUUGCGAAGGCAGGAUGGUUUCUCGGCUUGGUCGUAAUAUUAUUGCUGGCAAUUAUGAGUUACAUGACAGUCACAUUUAUUAUUGAAGCGAUGGCUGGAGCCAAUGCAAUAAAAAAUUGGCAGAAUCUACAGGUUCGGCGGCGCACUCGAAACUCGAUUGGAAACAGCGAUGAUGAAAGAGAUCUGGAGUCCACUCCACUGAUUGGAUCUGGUGCCGAGGAGAGUCAUUAUUACCAACUAACGCACAAAUUUGAAUUGGGUGAAAUGGCUUCAUUAUUUUUCAACGACUUUGGACGCGUCCUAUUUUAUUUGUGCUUUAUUGUUUAUCUCUUUGGAGACUUGAGCAUUUAUUCAGCAGCGGUAUCUAGAAGCUUGCGCGAUAUUAUAUGCGAACACGAUCGCUCAAAUAGUUCAGAUAUCUCGAUUGUAGAAUCGAAAACUAUGUACCAGCCUGGUAAUUUCCAAAGUAAGGGAAACCACACAUGCUGGAAGGAUCAUAGUAUAUCUCGGAUACACAUGUAUCGGAUAAUAUUAAUUGCGUUUAAUGUGAUUUUCGGUCCAAUCAUUUUGUGUGGCAUUCAGAAAACGAAAUAUUUGCAAAUGUUGACUGCGAUCUUCCGUUGGCUGGCGUUUACAUUCAUGAUCUGCAUUGCCACAAAGUUGCUCAUCACUGAUGGUGCCAAGGGACAUCCUGUUGGCGUCAAUUUCUAUGGAUCUCCUCCCUUAUUUGGCGCUUGUGUCUAUUCGUUUAUGUGCCACCAUUCGUUGCCUAGUUUACUGGCACCACUUAGAAAUAAGUCAAAGGUAUCAAAAAUUCUCUCAUAUGAUUACAUUGUCAUUUGUAUGUUCUAUAUUGUUUUAGCUAUGACAGGCAUUUUUGCAUUUGAGCACGUUGAAGAUCUCUACACACUCAAUUUUCUGCCCGAUCAAGAAAACUCGAAAGAUUUCUUGUCUGGUUUAUAUGUUGUCAUUGACUACUUUCUAUCCUUAUUCCCGGUGUUUACGUUAUCAACAAGCUUUCCAGUUAUCGCAGUGACGCUCAAAAAUAAUCUACAAAUUCUAUUUCUCGAUAUGUCACGAUAUGAAUCGUAUAAUUUGUGCAUUCGUGCUUUGUUUCCACUUAUGACGAUUUUACCAUCAUUUUGUGUGGCAUAUUUAACCGACAGUCUCUCUACACUUGUGGCAUUUACGGGCAGCUAUGCUGGAACUGGAAUUCAAUACAUAAUACCAGUUUGUUUGCUAUAUUUCUCAAGGCGAACGUGUACUGAGCUUUUGGGUAGUGGUAUCGUUAACCAUUUUCAGAGUCCGUUCAAAUCAAAUGGAUGGUUAAUAUUGGUUUUAAUUUGGUCUGUCAUUUGUGUCGUCCUAGUGUCCAUCAAUUUGUUCCAUUGAAAUAUGUAUCUACAUUUACUAACUGUUAACCCUAUGCCAAAUCUGAUGUUUUUAUCGGCUGUGAGACGAAAUUAAAACUAAAAAAAUUUCGCAAAUCCAAUUUUAUUAUUGUCGGAUACUUGAUGCGAUAGAAUGUGCGUAAAAACCUAAAUUGUAUCCAAAUGAUACUCUUAUUUACCGUUUCCUAUUUAAACACGAACUAUCGAAUUUAACCCGAAAAACAAUUUUACAGAAAGCUAAUAUUUUUAAUGUAAGUGUAAUAUCAUGUACCUUUUAUGUGUCUGUUUGAUAAUGUACAGCGCAACAAAUGAAUUAUUAUUAAAUAUUGAUGUUAUGUUAUAUAUAAAUACUAAUAAUCAUUUGAUAAUAUUCUAUAUGUAGUUGAAUAAUUUACGUCAACGUAUUUUCGUAUGGAAAAUAAUAUUCUAUUGUCACAUUUUCAACUUGUUUGAUUGUGUAAAGAAACAUUAUGUUAAAUAAAAUAAAAUAUAUCUUCUUAUUAUAUCAUAUAAAUAAUCUGAGAGCACAAUUUGUUCUCCACAAAUUAAUAGAACAACAGAUACAGGCAAUAUUACUGAAAGCAUUUUUUCAGUUGCAUUUUAGUAACUACUGGAACAUCGGGGAGAUCAAGUUUUAGUCAAUAGUUGAACGAUCGAAGAAUCUGUUGAUUGAGUGAAUCAAUAAAAUGUAAAUACCCAUGGAAUAGUCUAACAGCAGCAUAUUCAAGAGGUGCAUAAAUUUUGAUACUGAUUGAAAAAACACAGAGAAUAUGUUUUCUAAAAACGAUUGGAUUACACUAAAGGGCGGUUUCACUGCGAGAAUGUGAAGCAUGCUCCAAACUAAAUAUAAUUUUUGACUAAGAGGAGUAGUAAUGACUGAGAACCAAAUAAAAAUCGCUUAGUCAAAAUUCGAGAGUAAUGUUAGGUUUAUUAUGUAUUUUUGCUGACUUCUAAUAAAUUCAUAUAUAUGUAUAUAUAUAGUACUUUCUAUAUG